UUCUGUCGGAUGUAUAUGACACAUUUUGUUUACAUUCAUGAGCCAAGUUCAUGUUACAGAGUUUUUAACUUUGCAUAUACAAUGAAUUUGUGUGGAGAGAAAUAUACCUUUCCUACGAAUAUCUCUUUUUACUUUCUGUGUCAUCCCAGACUAUUGCUAAUAUUUUUAAUAUUGCCACUUUCAUAUUGACAAUAAAAACUCCAUUCAAGAUAUUACAUGAAAAGAUCAUUUAUACAAAUGGCAACUUGGACUAAUCUCUCCUCUCUUCUUCCUCAUCCAGAUGCCCUGAAGAGACACAUGGCUCAGAUAAAUUGCACCCAGGUGACAGAGUUUAUUCUUGCAGGCCUCACAGAUCACCAGGAGUUGAAGAUGCUCCUCUUUGUGGUAUUUUUAUCCAUCUACCUUUUCACAGUAGUAGGCAACCUGGGUUUAAUUCUUGUCCUUAGAACAGAUGCAAGAUUCAACACACCAACGUACUUCUUUCUUAGCCACCUGGCUUUUGUUGAUUUCUGUUACUCUUCUGUCAUCACACCCAAAAUGCUUGCAAAUUUCUUGUACCAACAAAAUGUCAUCUCCUUCAAUGCAUGUGCUGCUCAAUUAGGUUGCUUUCUGGCUUUCAUGACAGCUGAGUGCUUGCUACUGGCCUCCAUGGCCUAUGAUCGAUACGUGGCCAUUUGUAGCCCACUACUGUAUAUGGUUGUAAUGUCCCCAAGAAUCUGCCUUCAGCUUGUAGCUGCCCCCUAUAGCUAUAGCUUCUUGGUUGCACUGUUUCAUACCAUCCUCACCUUCCGUCUCUCCUAUUGCCAUUCUAACAUUAUCAAUCAUUUCUAUUGUGAUGACAUGCCUCUCCUCAGGCUGACUUGCUCAGACACUCACUCCAAACAGCUGUGGAUCUUUGCCUGUGCGGGUAUCAUGUUCAUUUCCUCUCUUCUGACUGUCUUUGUCUCCUACAUGUACAUCAUUACUGCCAUUCUGAAGAUGCGUUCCUCCGAAGGAAGGCACAAGGCCUUCUCUACAUGUGGCUCCCAUAUGCUGGCCGUCACUAUUUUCUACGGAACCCUGAUCUUUAUGUAUUUACAGCCCAGCUCAAACCAUUCUCUUGACAUAGACAAGAUGGCCUCCGUCUUCUACACAGUGAUCAUUCCCAUGUUGAACCCCUUGAUCUAUAGCCUCCGGAACAAAGAGGUGAAGGAUGCUCUGAAGAAAGUUGUCAUCAAUAAAAACCAGGCCUUUCUGUUCAUGAAAUUAAAAAAGUGACUUGAAUAAAUAAAAAUAGACUUUUCUUCAUGACCUGAUUUUUUUUUUCUUUCCUAUUAGAAAACUAGUAGAAUGCUUGUUUUUUAGUAA